AUGGUACAAAAUUAUCAUCAUUAUAUUGUAAUUGUAGCUGAUAGCAUUGCUUCACGAAUUAUCCCAAAAUGUCAGUUCAAUUUCAAAGCAACAGCUCAAAAUCCGAUCGAAUAUAAGUAUGGUCCACGAGCUGUCACCAUGGGCGACUUCAAUAAUGAUACUUGGUUAGAUAUUGUGGUUGCCAAUUAUGACGCUGACAAUAUAGCCAUAUAUUUUGGACAUGACGAUGGUACCGUAGCAAACCCAAUCAAGAUCUCUACUGGUAAGGGCUCUGCUCCGUAUAUGAUUGCCGUUGGCGAUUUUGACAAUGAUCAUCGACCGGAUGUUGCUAUCGCAAAUUUCGGCACCAAUAGUAUCGAUAUACUUCUUGGAUUUCAAAACGAAUCUUUCGCAAACCGAAUAUUUCUAUCCACUGAAUCAUCUCGUCCAGUUUGGAUUCAUGCAGCAGAUCUCAACAAUGACUCAGCAGUAGAUCUUGUGACUGCUAAUUAUGGGACACACAGUGUUAGCAUAUUUUAUGGGAAUGGAGAUGCAACCUUUUCAAACUCAAGUAAUUAUUCUACAGGCUAUGAUUCUUUCCCAUUAGCAGUCGUUAGUGGCGAUUUCAACAACGACAAACAGAUAGAUCUUGCUAUCGCCAAUUAUGGUACUAAUAAUGUUGGUAUACUCUUUGGAACUAGUAAUCGUACUUUCACAAACCAAUUCACUAUCUUAACUGGCCCUAAUUCAAACCCGUAUUCGCUUGCCGUUGGUUAUUUCAAUGGAGACAUGAUCCUAGACAUUGCUGUCACCAAUUAUGGAAAUGACAGUAUAGGUGUACUUCUGGGAUAUGGCAACGGAACGUUUAUGAGUCAAAUGACAUAUUCCCUUCCUAAUGCUUCUCCAUAUGCUAUUGGCAUUGGUGACUUCAACAACGACAAUCGAAUGGACUUAGUAGUCACCAAUAAUGGCUCUUACAAUAUAGCUUUACUUGUCGGAUAUGGCAACGGUACCUUUGCGAGCCCAACAAUGUAUUCAACUGGAUCUUCUUCAUCAAUCUCCGUUACCAUAGGUGACUUGAACAAAGACAAUCGCUCAGACAUUGUCUUUAUCAGCAAUGAUACAAACACCAUAGGCAUUAUGGUUGGCUAUGACGAAUUUUUUCCGACUCAAAAGACGUAUUCAACUGGCAGAGAGCCAUACUCUAUAGAAGUUGGCGAUUUUAAUAACGAUAGUCAUCUAGACAUCGUCACUGCUAAUAACAAUGAGAACACUGUAAGUGUCCUUCUUGGAUAUGGAAAUGGCUCGUUUGCAAAUCAAACAAAAUAUCCAACUGGCUUCGGGCCACAAUCUGUAGCUGUUGGUGAUUUUAACAACGAUACUCAUCUGGACAUCGUCGUAGCCAAUACAAAUAACAACACUGUAAGUGUACUUCUCGGAUAUGGUGAUGGCUCUUUUGCAAAUCAAACGAAAUAUUUGACUGAAGCCAGCCCAAUUUUUGUGGCAGUUGGUGAUUUUAAUAAUGACACCAGACUUGAUGUCGUCACCGCCAAUUCUGGUGACAACACUGUAAGUGUACUUCUCGGAUAUGGUGAUGGCUCUUUUGUAAAUCAAACAAUAUAUUCAACUGGCUCUCAACCAUUUUCUGUAGCUGUCGGUCAUUUUAACAAUGAUACUCAUCUGGAUAUCGUCGUUGCUAAUUAUGAUGGCAACACUGUAAGUGUCCUUCUUGGAAAUGGUGAUGGCUCUUUUUCAAAUCAAGUUCCGUAUUCAAGUGGCUCUGGACCAGUCUCUGUAGCUGUUGGUGACUUAAAUAACGACAACGUCCUGGAUAUCGUCGUAGCCAAUAUGAAUGACGCCACUGUAAGUGUUUUUCUCGGAUAUGGUAAUGGCUCGUUUGCAAAUCAAAAGACAUAUUCUACUGACUCUCAAACAACAUCAGUAGCUCUUGCUGACUUUAAUAAUGACACCAGACUUGAUAUCGUCACCACCAAUUUUGGUGGCAACAAUGUAAGUGUACUUCUAGGAAAUGGUGAUGGUUCUUUUGCUAAUCAUACGACAUAUUUAACCGGCUCCGGCCCAGACGCUGUCGCUGUUGGUGAUUUUAACCACGAUACUCAAACGGAUAUUGCCGUUAUCAAUUUUAAUUACAACACUGUGAGUAUACUACUUCGAUAUGACAGAGGUGCUCUGAAAGAGAAAGUCACGUUUGCCACUAGCGAUGGUUCGCGUUUGCGAAGCUUUGCCGUUUUUGAUUUCAAUAAUGACAAUGUAUUGGAUAUCGCCGUGGCUAAUUAUGGCACUGAUAACAUAGGCAUCAUUCUCGGAUAUGAGAAUGGUACUUUUGGAAAGCAAAUGGUGCUCUCAACAGGCUUAAAGUCUCAUCCGUACUCAAUCGCUAUUUUUGAUUUCAAUAGAGACGGUCGAGUAGACAUAGCCGUGGCAAAUUAUGGCACUAAAAAUCUUGUUACAUUUCUGGAAAAUGAGAAUGGAGCAUUUGAAAAUCAAGCAAGUUACGGUAUAGACUUCGAUUUCUCUCCAGUGGCGAUUGGUACUAGUAGUUUGAAUCAACAUGAGCGUUCAGAAAUUUUCGUUGCAUAUGAGGAUAUCGAUCAUAUAGAUGUGUACACUACAUACAACCUUGGAUCUUUUGGCCAUGACAUUAAAUAUUCAACUGCUACUUGGCCUAACUCCCUAGCUCUGGCUGAUUUUAAUAAAGAUACUUAUCAGGAAAUCGUCGUUACUAAUAUGGGAAGCAAUACUAUCGGUGUUCUUCUUGGGUAUGGCGAUGGUUCUUUUGCAAAGCAAACGCAAUAUUCCACUGGUUCCUGGCCGUGGUCUGUAGAUGUCGGUGACUUUAACAACGACACUCAUCUGGAUAUUGUCGUAGCUAAUACAAAUGAAAACACUGUAAGUAUACUUCUCGGGUAUGGUAAUGGCUCUUUUGCAAAUCAAACAAAAUAUCCAACUGGCUCUGGGCCACGCUCUGUAGCUGUUAGUGAUUUUAACAACGAUACUCAUCUGGACAUCGUCGUAGCCAAUACAAAUAACAACACUGUAAGUGUACUUCUCGGAUAUGGUGAUGGCUCUUUUUCAAAUCAAACGAAAUAUUUGACUGACGCUAGCCCAGUUUCUGUGGCAGUUGGUGAUUUUGACGGCGACACUCAUCUGGACAUCGUCACUGCUAAUUACGUUGCGAACACUGUAAGUGUACUUCUCGGAUAUGGUGAUGGCUCUUUUGUAAAUCAAACAAAAUAUUCAACUGGCUCUUUCCCAAUAUCUGUGAGUGUUGGUGAUUUUAACAACGACACCCAAUUAGAUAUUGUCGUUGCUAAUAGUGCUGAUAACACUGUAAGUAUCCUUCUCGGAUAUGGCAAUGGUUUUUUUGCUAAUCAAACGAUAUAUUUAACGGGUACUGGCCCACAAGCUGUCGCUGUUGAUGAUUUUAACAACGACAACAAACUAGAUAUUGUCGUUACUAACUGGGACGAUGGUACCAUGAGUAUUUUGCUUGGACAUGGUAAUGGUGUUUUUGAAAAACAAAUGAUAUAUUCCACUGGCAUUAGUCCUUCUUCCGUAGCUGUUGGUAAUUUUAAUAAGGACACCCAAUUGGAUAUCGUUGUCAGUAAUGGAAAUGGAAAAAGUGUUAGUGUAUAUCUCGGAUAUCCAAAAGAAGAUUUCUUCAACCAAAUGAGACUUAUAACUGGCAAUGGAUCUCGCCCCAAGUCGUUUGCUAUUGGAGAUUUUAACAAGGAUGGUCAAAUGGAUGUUGCAGUGGCGAAUUCAGGCACGAACAAUAUCGGUAUUUUUCUGAGAUAUGACAAUGGUUCUUUCGCAAAUCAAAUAACCUAUUCAACUCGAUUUUCACCGUGGUCAAUAGCUAUUGGUGACUUCAACGACGAUAUGAUACUUGAUAUCGUUGUUGCAAACCGUGAUAGUCACAAUGUUGGUGUGUUUCUUGGACAUAGAAAUGGAUCUUUUUCAAGUCAAAAGGUGUUUAUGACUGGCUUUAACUCUCAACCAAACAUGGUUGCCGUUAGCGAUUUCAACAAUGACACUUUGCUGGACAUAAUUGUUACGAAUUAUGGUACAAACGAUAUAGGUGUAUUGCUGGGUUAUGGAAAUGGCUCGUUUGCAAAUGUCAAGUUGUUUUCGACUACCUAUGGAACUCAUCCAUUCUCAAUUUCUGUUGGUGAUUUAGACGGCGAUAGAAAGUUGGAUUUCAUCGUGGCUAAUGAAGGUGCUGAGAAUUUAAAUACUUUUUUACAAACUUGCUAA